AUGUCUCCCCCGAUCCGCGAGCUCAAGGUCUCGCACCCAGCGGCCUUACUCGCCAACCGCAUAUCCAUGCACUUAGCAACUCAAACCCUUACUGACGCCGAGUCGACCCCCUGGCUCUCGAAACACGCCCAGCUCGCCCACCGCCAUAUCCACCUCGCGCAGAACCUCCUGCAACUCGGCGGCGUGGAGGACAGCCUAGACGGGUUCGCGCUGCGGGAUGCCAACCCCGAGAACGACGACCAGCUAGACGGCUCAACGACCGGAGUAUUCAAGCAGGGGCGGCUUGUAUGGGAGGCAUUCAACGACUGGCUGCGUGCCAUGUAUUGGGUGUUUGACGAAACCGAUGGAGAAUUCGCAGUGGGUGUCGGACAAGAACGCGAGGACGAAGAGGCGGGUAUACUUGUUUUCCGGCCCAGGAUCUAUCUACCGUUGGACGAAGUUGAUACCUCGUACCUGCGCUCCAGUCUCUACGAUUUGCAAAGGGAGAUGGCGGGCACACUUAAGGUCUUGGCUCAUCUCGCUCAAGGACAGGCGGAUGGUCGCGAAGAAGAGUACACUUACAAGAACCGCCAGGCGCUCAGGGGGCACAUUGAACAGGCCUACGAUGCAGUCAUGUAUUUGCGGAUGGUCAAGGAUUGGGUUACAAAGGCCUUCCACGAGGAUGAGAAUGAGUCUCGGGUUGCGGAAGAGGCUUCGCAGAGCGCCGGCGAGAACGCACCUGCAGAUAACGACACCGAGUCCGAGUCUGAGUCUGAUGAUGAAAACGCCUCCGGUGCGCCUAUCAACCGAAUAGUCUGGACGCCGAAAGACUCCAUCGAGGAAACAGCCUUCAGGGCCCUCUUCCGCGCGAAGUUGCGACUGGCGCUUAACCAAAUCAUGAACCUUCCUCUCCUCCACACGACUACCACGACGCAGAGAGACGAGCACAACGUCGCCGAGGGAUUCCCAGGCCUCGAGAGCAGCGAGGAUACAGAUUCCAUCCUCAAACUCAUGUCAACAUACCCCCAAGCGACAUGGCGCCAAAUCAACGAAGCCCUCGGCGCCUGGACGCGCUCUCAAUGGGAGGAGUUUGAGUGGGCACUGAGCUACGGCAAAGCCGACGCAGAAGACUCCACCGUGCGCGGUAUCAUCGUCGAAGAGACACUGAAUGUCGUAUGCCAGGAAAUCCUCUUCCGACGCGCGAUCGCGGCCGCGAUUGCGCAGGCAAAGACCCUUAUCAAAGAUCACGGACCGUACCGACGCGCCAGGGCGCAGGCGACUGCCCACCUGCAGGCUAGGACGCUAAGCAAAGAGGACAGGGAGUACCAUAACGCCGAAACAAAGGCCCGUGUGCGCGAGCAGAUCUUCGGAAAUCCUGCAACUCGUCGGCGGUAUAUUGAGAAGUACGCGGGCGCCGAUGACCUUGAACCCUGGACUGAGCGCGAGGAGAAGGCGCGCAUGGCGAAGAAGAGGAAGCUUAACGAUGGCGCGCUUGUCGAGGCUGAAGCUCGGAUUCGGCGGAUGGAGUUCAACGAGCGUCUUGAGGGGGUUUCGGAGGAGAGGACCAAACAGCUGGAGCUUCGACUGGGACUUGACUCUGUGUUGGAGGAAGUCGCUGUGCUGGAUGAUGAUGGCGCGCUGCAGGUGGAGGAAGAUGACGCUGGGCUGGGGUGGGAGGAGGAUAGAAGACGGACAAGAAGGUUGUUCAUGGCCUUCAUGAAACGGGCAUUUAUGAGGGUUCUCUUCUUCGAUAAUUAG